AUGGAAUCCAACCUCGAUAUUAAUCUCGAUAACAUUUUCUUCAAGUCUUACGCAAUAGAUCGAACAUACAAAUGUCCCAUAUACGUAUUUGAUUCGACCUUUUUGCCGUCUUCCGAUCAAGUGAAUGAUCGAGAAAUCUACGACCUGCUCAUUGAUGAAACGAUGAAUAAACUAGCUACUCAGCUACCGGAAACACCGUUCUCGCUGGUAGUUUUCAGCUCAGGCUUUUCCCAAAAAAAAAUCAGUUGGAUCUAUGGCGUCAAGAUGUAUUCCAAAAUUUCCAAAAACACCAGAGCCAAACUGCGGCAGCUGUGGGUUGUCCAUGAAUCACUUUUCGUGUAUGCAGUCCAUCAGGUACUCAGCAACGCGUUGAAUAUAAACCCAUUUAAACUGAAACAGUCUUCCGCAGACAAUGUUAUGAUUCAUCAUGUACCUAACCUAGUGGAGCUCAAAGAUCUGGUUGACAUUUCCCGGCUUAGGAUAUCACUUGGAGUUUACUUGUACGAUUAUCAUCUAACAGAAACAACAGACAUUCCAUACAAUAACCAGGGUCCAAAAGCUGCACUAGCCAACCGUCAGUAUCGACAACUCAUUUUUGAUAAGAUUUUCAAAAGGCUGAGGAUUGAGGCCCCUAAACAUCCACUUGUUUUCCAAAGGCCAGGAUCUUAUCAGAAAGUGAACAUUCUUCUGGGGGUAAUUGCUCGAAAUAACUACGUUGACCUUUCGCAUUGGGACGUUUACUCUUUGGGGACCGUGUUCCUGAAUUUCAUCAAAGGCAAAAGCAAACCCAUCUUUCCCAUUGACCUGAUACCUCUCCCGAUCAGCGAGUCUGUGGAGUACACCUACAACACUUUCGUCAACAUGAUGAUGUACAAUGAAUACUACGAACUGACCUCCUACAUUUUCGAGCUGUUCCUGACACUACUAGACAACUCACAAAUUACUCUGCACGACUACAGGUCACUGAGUAAGUGUUUGACUCCGACACUUUGCCAAGAAAAAGUAUCUUAUAAGUCUUCAGACAGACUAGCCAUCGGGUACCGGUUCACCAAUAACAUUUUGCUGCAUUUCAGAGAGCUCAAACAACGUAUAGAACAGUCAGGUGUCCUCAAAAACUCUGUCGCUGACAGUCAAAACGCCAAAGGAAUUCCCAAUCUCGCAGAAAAUGCUCCCAAGGUCCCUCCUCCUCGAAAAGCCAGUCCCGUUAGAGCUGUUUCGUCCAGAAAUACUAGUCCUGCGCGAUUGACACAGUCCAAUGAAGCAUAUCUCGAAAGAACGAGAACUGUGUCGGGCAAAGAAGCGCCACCUUUGCCCAAAAGGGCGGAACAGCGCUUUGUGCGCGAUGCGCAGUCAAUCCCAAUUUUACAGCCAGACCAGCCAGACCAGCAGGAUCUUUCGCCUUCUACCUCUUUGGAAUCUCUUCGAAUCGAGUGUUCUGCCUCGCCAAGUCCGGAAAUUACCUCAAAGACUCAAUCCAAGGAUUCUGGAAAGCGGACUUUCAAAAAUCCAUCCAGUCCGCGGAUCACGAGCGGCUCUUCUAUCAAACUAGACAACGCAGACAAUGAUACUGAAUCUAGACUCGUGUCCGAAGAUGCAGUGAAGUCAAGAUCAAAGGCUACGUCUGACAAUUUCAAGAUAGACCAAAGCAAGCUAAAUUUACUUCUUGAGAACAAUCAGAAGAUCAAAAAAUUCGACGAGGAGCUAAAAAAACGGAAGACAAGUACCGCUCCAAAUUCGAACGGUGUUCCCAGUAAAGGUUAUUCUGACAUCGCCGCUGGCAAUAAAGUCAGCCAGCUUGCAGCUUUGUAUGAAGAAAGAUUAAUUGGAAUCAAGGUAAUGGAAGACAUGCGCAGAAGUCAAUGA